AUGAAGUUCUAUACUUGUCUCGCUCUUCUUAUGACCUCAAUUGCUUCUGUAUCGGCGCACACCACUAUGAAAUAUCCGUUACCAAGAGGACAUCCCUUAAACCCAAAUGCCGCAACAAAAGACUACAACUGUCUCUCAGCACCAUUGAAUGGCGGUGCGGGCUGCGCACCAAAAGCGUUCCCAUGCGGUGGCUACCCACAAGACACCACAGUCACACAAGUAUUUAACGCCGGCGACGUAAUAUCUGUCCAAUUCUGGAAUCCAAAUUUUCCGAAUGGCCCUCAACCAAGCGAUGCAACAGCAAAUCAAGCGCGUCACAAUGGUGGCCAAUGUGAAUUUGCUUUGUCGUAUGACGGUGGUGUGACGUACACUGUUAUUGCCACUUACCAUCAAACUUGUCCGGAUAUCUUUUUCGAUUGGAAAGUGAAAAUUCCGGAUGCCGCGCCAUCGUGUGAUAAUCCAGGAAAAUGUCUUUUCUCGUGGUCGUGGAUUAACGCUGUAGGAAAUCGUGAAUUCUAUCAAAAUUGCGCUGAUAUCAAAAUUGUUGGAAAAUCGACUAAGCCAUUACCGAUUAUGGAUAUUACCCGCGCUAAUUUACCACCACAAUUCCCUAAUACUAUCACUCCACCGGGCGAUCCAGCAAAUACUGGUAAUGCUAAAGGAUCCGGUCCAUUAGAUUCAGACACCUCAGCUAAUUUAGCAAUGAAUAUUGGAGGAAGCGGUGGUAGCAGUUCAUCAAGUGAUAGCGGAAGUGGAACACCAGCAAGUGGGACAACAACCUCAGUUACUAGUACACCAACAACAACCUUAUCAGCUACUGUUGGUACACCGACAACCACCUCAUCAGCUACUGAGAGCAGCACAUCAACAACUUCAACAGCUACUGAGAGCACAUCGACAACAAUUUCAUCAGCUACUGAACCUACUGAUACUACAGAACCCACUAACGCAUCGUCUCCUGCACCAGCUGUUAAAAGUUCUACUUCAAAUACCACACCCCAAGCAUCUAACAAUCCACUAGCAUCAAACGGAUCAUCAUGCAAAAACGAAGGAAAAGAUUACUGUAUUGACUCUGGAAAAAGUUCCUCUUAUAAUACGUGCGAUAAUGGCCUAGUAGUCACUCGGCAAUGUCCUGGCGGCACUGUAUGUAUUACUGCCGGAGGUUCCGUAGAAUGUGGACGUUCAUCGCGAAAAUUUUAA